AUGUAUAUUCUUGCAUCUCUUGCUGCAGCCCUCAUUGCCUCCAAGGGUGCUUUGGCUGUGGGAAGUCUGUUUGGAUACGCUAAAGGGACCACUGGCAGAGCUGCUGCCACUCAAGCCACUCCAACUUCAACUGCUCAGUUGAAGAGCUGGCUCAAGGAUAAUGUAGCGCACAACAUUCUGCUCAACAGGACUUAUGAUUUUACAGAUACCAAGAGCUCAGUUACGGAAACUGGGUGCAAACCUUGGACCUGUUCUCCCAACCCGCAACUUGCAAUUAACCCACACAACUGGUGCCUGGAGGAUGCUGCUAAGGUCACAGUCACUUACAAAAAGGCUGGGACUAACAGUAUUCUUGUGGGUUCCAAUAAGACCAUCCUUGGCAAGGGAACUUCAGGAUGGAUCAAGGGCAAAGGUCUAAGGUUGAUUGGAAGUACCAAUAUCAUCAUUCAGAACGUCCGUAUCUCUGAUAUCAACCCACAAUAUGUGUGGGGAGGAGAUGCCAUUAGCCUUGAGGGCGCCAGUAAAGUUUGGAUUGAUCACAACUACAUUAAAAGCAUUGGACGGCAGUUCCUUAUUAGCCACUUUGACCCCAACAUUCAAGUCACAAUCUCGAACAACUACUUUGACGGGCAAAGCACAUGGUCCACUAGAUGUAAUGAGCACCAUUACUGGUCGUUCUACUUUGUUGGUAAGGCAGACGAAAUCACCUUUGCCAGGAACUACAUUUAUCACACUGCUGGACGUGGUCCUAAGGUUGGAGGCAUAUCUGGCAAUACUCAAAGCAUUCACGUCUACAACAACUACUGGAACGACGUGACCGGCAACGCUCUCGAGCCUAACAACGGAUCUCGCGUACUGAUGGAAGGCAAUGUAUUCAAUAAGGUCAAGGCCCCCUCCUCUGGCGGCUCGGCUGGAACGGUGUUCGCACCUACCUCUUCCAGUAUGAACGCGCAAUGCUCGAGUGUGCUUAGCCGAAGCUGUGUUUCAAACAUUCUGACUGGGGGCUCGGGAAGCCUAUCGAACACUGGGAAUACAGCUGCUAUUAGGCCAUUCACUGCCUCCACUGUCAAGAGUGCUUCGGUCAUGGACCCUUCCUCGGUUGUUUCUUAUGUCUUGGCGAAUGCCGGACUUGGUAAGGUUAACUAG